AGAGUGAGUUGAAUGUAGGAGCCACAUGGAGCCAUAUGGAGCCAUAAGCAGCCAUUCGGCUGGCCCUCGCGGUUCAGGGUUUGGGGGGGCUGUGGCCUGUCUUCGCCAUGCUGCGCGCUGUGAUGGAGCAGGAUGACGGUGCCCGCAUGGUGGACAACGUGGGCUUAGAGCAGUCGGUGGGCUCGCCGGCGCGGCGGCUGAGCUCGCUGGGCACGCGCUCCUUCUCGGAGCCCGUUGUGCGGCACGCGGCCGAGGAGGCGCACCACGGCAGCGAGCACCGCCAGGAGCGCACGCAGCUGGGCCUGGUGCGGUUCCGGCGCCAGCCCAUGGUGCCUGAUGUGGGCGGCCUGGGCUGGCGCACGAAAACGGGGCACCUGCUGAAGAACCAGUCUUUCUACCCACAGACUGCGGUGAACACCUGGGAUUUGCCCGCGCAUGCAGGUGUUAACACCUGGAAGGACUACCACGGCCCGAAGAUGGCCACGGAUGCCGAGAUGAUGGAGCGCCUGGACCGCUUCGACGAGGAGGCGGCGGAGUGGGAGGCGAAGAAGCUCUUCGUGAACACCACGCGAGCCCAGACGCUGGACCGGUUUUCCAACCGGAAGAUCAACCGCAGCAUGCUGACCUCGCAGCCGUGUUGGGCCCCACACCACAGGGCCAGACGAGAGGUGCAUGCCAUCUUCGAAACUUUUGACUCCAGCAUGGGCGAGAAGCCGCAGAAAGAGCUGAGAAAGGUCUACACAGAGAAGGUCUUGAAAAAGGAUCGCGAGGCCAUCCGGCAGAUCGCCAAGCGGAUCCAGAACGAGGAGACCUGGAAGCUGGUCUUCAAGCAUAUGGAGCAGGAACGACGCGCGGACAUUCGCGCAGAUCUUCAGGAAAGACAGGCGCACACAGAUCAGCUCAUGGCAAUGUCCGGGCAGCCCUUGCAACAGGACAGGGCGCGCUCGCCUCUGCCAAACAACUGCUCGCAGAGAAGCGAGGAGCUCUCUGUCCCGCGGCAGCCUUACAUGCCGAAGGACGUGACGCAGCUCACAGACUUCCGGGGUCUAGUUCACGCAGACAGCGACUUUGCACUGGAGACGCUCUUCCCGGGCUUUGGGCACGAUCUCAGUGCGGAGUUCCGAGCAGCUGCCACGAGGAGCACGGAGCCGGGGUGGCCGCCGCCGGCGGCCGCCGCCACGCCGCGCCGCGCCGGGUCCAGAGAGAAGGCGCUGAAGGGUGCCUCCGUCACAAAGGGCUCGAUCCCCGUGUCCAAGCACCGCUUGGAGCGCGUGGGCACCCGCACCAACGAGGACUUGCUGGCCGAGCACUCCAAGGCGCAGUUCCGGCGCACGGCGGCGCCGCCUGCGCCUCCGCAGUCUCGGGCACUCCUGGAGGAGGACUUCUCGCCAAAGGUCACGCAAAAGGAUCCCUUGCGCGUUACGGGCCGCUUCGCCCGGACUGAGCACACCCGACACCCCACAUCCCCCAAGGCCCAGGAGGAGUUGCCUCCUCCCCGACGACCCAUGGUCUACCAUGUGAUGGUUGAGUCUCACUCGCCAAAGGCGAGCAUGGGCAUUGACACCACCAUGAGCUCCAUGUCUUCCCUCAGGAGGAGCGCCACAUCGCCUCUGUUGCCGCGGCCAGGGCCCAGCCAGGAGCGCAGCCAGGCAAUGGCUGACGUGUGCGCGGAACUAGACGACUUUGAUGAACGGGUUACCCCUGUGCCACGCAUCAGCAACUUCUUCGCAUCUCACCGCUGAGAGCCAUUCGCUGAGAGUUUCACCCCCCGAGAAACAUGGC